GUGCAACCGCUCAAGGAAUCACCUAUUUUGAGGGCGAUUUGGAGCAUCUGCUCCCAAACACCCUCAUCUUCAUUUACAGCUUCCAUCCACUGCUUUUAGUAAAAUGGAGGACAACGAGUUACUCCGAACGAAUGACACAGAUGUGUCAUUGCUAGGAUCUAUCUUCACUUCCGUUGCAGUGGUCCUUAGAUCCUUAUUCAGUGUGCCCUGGCACUUCUUCGGGUUUCUCUCGUACUCUGUAACAGCGACGAUCACAUUCAAUUACUGGACUCUUCUCGUUGUGUUUCUAUUGUGCGCAACGGCACUUUAUCUGGUUGUCCGAUACCGUCUCUUGACUCGAUACUCCAGGCUGCCGGCGCCUCAAGUUGCAAAAAUCACUGGUGUAUCCUUUGACCUACAUCCCGAUACAGCCUUUGACGAUGACAAGGAUCACAUCAAUUAUCCGGAUGAGUUGAUGGGCGCAUUUCUCUCAUCGAUAAAGAUAUUUGGCUAUCUUGAUCGCGCUGUGUUCCACGAGCUUGCACGACAUUUGCGCACACGAAAACUUAAGGCCGGAGAGGUUCUUUUCCAGUCGGACGAUGACGUUCGGGACUUCUACGUGGUAGUUGAUGGGACUGUGCAAGUGUUUGUGAAGGGCCAGGAAGACAAAGAGGAAGAAUUACUUCAUCAGGCCCCUGAAAUGGAUGAGAAGGAUGGCACAUCGGUCGGACGAGAUUGGCCAGGACACCACCUUCUUAAUGAGGUGCACGCUGGCGGCACAGUUUCAAGUCUUUUCAACAUUCUAUCUGUCUUCACAGAGAAAAUGGAAUUGAACUCAACACUCAGUGCAACAGGUGAUUCUCUUGCGGACGCCUUUGAUACCCCACCUGAGCACUUGACUGCGUCACAAGAAGUAUUUCCUGGGUUGAGACGAACAGAAUCAGCACAGGGAAUGAAGACCAAAGCGCAGCACGCAACGGACUCUGGACCAACUGGACGCCCAGCUUUGGAAGCUCGUGGGACUGAAGAUGUUCUUAAUCAAUUUGAUGAGCAACAUUUGCCAGACACUGAGUCCGAUAUUUCCCCCAGCGCUAGCGCUCGUAAGGACCUGCGAAUAGCUACCGCUAAUAUUCUCCCGGCACGCAGUCGAUCAGUACAUGCCAACAUCGCGACGCGCGCCGCCACAGAUACUACCCUUGCUGUUAUUCCCGCGGAAGCGUUUCAAAAGCUUACCGAGAAAUUCCCGAAAGCCGCUGCCCAUAUGGUUCAGGUGAUCCUUACCCGCUUCCAACGCGUCACUUUCAUGACCUUGUAUCGCUACCUCGGGUUGUCAAAAGAGCUUUUAAAGAUUGAGAAGCGCGUGAACGAGAUUGCCGGAUAUGGUCUUCCGGAAAAUCUCUUCAGUUUAGCGGAUUUUCAGCGUCUUCGAGAGAGGGCAAACGUGAUGAGGGGUAUUGGAGAUGGAUCACUAUCAGACGCUGGUAUUCGUCCCACUAGUGGGAAGCGUGAUGUUCACAAAGCCAGCCCGCGUGCACGCCGAACUUCCAAGGUUAAGCAGACGCAAUUUGAGGAGAACUAUGAAGGCGAUGUGGAGGAUUCUGAGCGCGAUAGUCCCAACCAUUCUAUUCCUAGCCUCCUUGUCAGCCGCCCGCGGAAUGAAGGCAGAGGCUUUAGGCAUCUGCUGGAUAACGAUCACGACGACUCUGAUUUAAAGGAUUCAAUCUUCUCUUGCAUAGCUCAGAUUAUUGGGAUGUUUCCAAUGGAAGAUGCCAGUUCAACGUCCAUUAUCUCCCCUCAGUCAUCACAGAAGCCGUCGCCAAUGGCAUAUGGUGGAGUACCUCCCAGGCCUCGGGCGUCCCCAAGCUUUAGCGACUUUGAUGAUACAGCGUCGACAUCAUCCCGCAUGUCCGUUACUAGCGAUAACGGAAGCGCUGAUGUCCAGAUUUUGUUCUACGAAAGAGGAGCUACACUUAUUCGGGAAGGGGAGCGGAAUGCCGGCUUGUAUUUUGUAAUUGAUGGAAUGUUGGAAGCAUCAGUGAGGUCAUCGGCUGAACCAGCAUUCCGAGCAAUGCCAAAAGAUCGUAGCUCGGCCGGAGAAGAGUCUGAAAGCCCCCUCAAUGAGGGAUCGUAUCGUCGGAGUUUGUUUUUCAUCAAGCCAGGUGGAUUGGCCGGAUAUCUGGCUGCAGUUACAGGAUAUAUAUCUUUUGUCACAAUCCGCGCGAAAACCGAUGUCUAUGUUGGCUUCCUUCCAAAAUCUGUUUUGGAACGCUAUAUUGAAAGACAUCCCAGUGUGCUGUUGUCAUUGGCGAGGCGGCUUACAUCUCAGCUAUCGCCGCUGGUCUUCCACAUUGAUGCGGCAUUGGGAUGGGAUCAAGUGAAUGCAGGACAAGUUUUGUGUCGUGAAGGGGAACCUUCGGACUCCAUAUACAUUGUUCUUAACGGUCGACUCCGUAGCAUUAUCGAGCGGUCGAAAGCAGAUGACAAGGCAACCUUUGAGAUCUUGGCCGAAUAUGGUCAGGGAGAGUCCGUUGGGGAAAUGGAGGUUUUAACCGAUACUGCCCGACCAGCGACAGUUCACGCCAUUCGCGAUACGGAGAUUGCAGUAAUGCCAAAAACCUUCUUCAAUGCGUUGGCUUUACGCCAUCCUGAGAUAACGAUAGCUAUUUCUCGAAUCAUAGCUGCACGUUCACGAUUGUCGGUGAAAGGCGCUGGCGGUCCUGUGCAGCCAAAUUGGAGCGCACCUCAAAGCGUCAAUCCCUCGAAGAACAUGGUGAACGUCAACAUGAGAACUGUCGCAAUCUUGCCUGUUAAUGGACUUGUGCCAAUUGCGGACUUUGCCCGGAAUCUCCAUAAUGCCAUGAAGCUGGUUGGUGCUUCUGUGGUGAUGCUGGAUAAUGGCAGCAUUAUGAAUACCCUCGGGAAACAUGCCUUUAGCCGUAUCGGACGACUAAAAUUGAUGAACUGGCUUGCCGACCAGGAAGAAAGCCAUCGGAUGGUGUUGUACGUCGCAGAUGGUGGGGUAAACUCACCUUGGACGCAAAGGUGUGUUAGACAAGCAGAUUGCAUUCUCCUGGUAGGACUUGGAGACGAAGAUCCGGAAAUUGGCGAAUUCGAGCGCCUUUUGAUUAGUAUGAAGAUCACGGCUCGGAAAGAGCUCGUCCUUUUGCAUUCGGCGCGGAUGUGCAUCCCUGGAAGCACGGCGCAAUGGUUGAAGAACCGAGUGUGGGUACACGCUCAUCAUCACGUCCAAAUGCAAUUAAGUACUCCCCGCCUGCUUUCUGAAUCAUCACGAAAGAAUACGCUAUCCAAUCUUCGCAACCACUUCCAAGGAAUCACGGCGCCGCAUGUGGAGCAAAUGACACCCCUGCACCUCCAUACCGGGAUCCGCUCAGAUUUUGCUCGUCUGGCUCGCCGACUACUCUCGAAAUCCAUUGGUCUUGUUCUAGGGGGCGGAGGUGCUCGCGGAAUAUCCCAUAUUGGAGCGAUUCGUGCGCUGGAGGAGGCCGGCAUUCCCAUCGACAUGGUUGGCGGUACCAGCAUUGGAAGUUUUGUGGGAGGUCUCUAUGCGCGAGAGAAUGAUCACGUUAGCGUCUAUGGGAGGGCAAAAAUGUUCUCUGGGCGCGUUGUAUCAAAGUGGAGGCAGAUUAUGGACUUGACAUAUCCGGUUACAGCCUUAUUCACUGGACAUGAGUUCAAUCGUGGUAUUUGGAAGUGCUUCAAAGAAACCCAGAUCGAAGAUUGCUGGUUGCCGUACUUUGCGGUGACAACCAACAUAACCUGGUCGCGAAUGGAAAUUCAUGAAACUGGGUAUAUGUGGCGAUAUGUUCGAGCAUCUAUGUCGCUGUCUGGCUACCUCCCCCCACUUUGUGACAAUGGCAACAUGCUUCUGGAUGGUGGAUAUCUCAACAAUCUUCCUGCAGAUAUCAUGCGAUCUCACGGAGCCGAAACCAUCAUUGCGGUUGAUGUUGGGUCGGUUGAUGAUACGAGUCCAGUGACUUACGGCGAUUCACUUUCGGGAUGGUGGGUCCUUCUUCAGCGGUACCUUCCAUUCUUUGGACCAUAUGUGACGAGGAAAUACGGCAAAAUUCCGGGACUGGCCGAUAUUCAAGCGCGUUUGGCUUACGUCUCUAGUGUAAAACAGCUGGAAGAUGCGAAACAGAUAGAGGGAUGUUUCUAUUGGAACCCGCCUGUUCAAAAAUAUGGAACCCUAGAGUUUGACAAGUUUAAGGAUAUUUUCAUGGUCGGAUACAAGUAUGGAAAUGACAUUGUUAAGAAAUGGGAAAUGGAUGGAACGCUGAGGAAGAGGUUUGGAGUAAAAGAUGUUGAUGAUAUGGGAGGCAAGGGACGUCAUGGGAGACGGGCGUCUAUUUAGUGGUGCUGUAUCUUAUAGUGUAGGUAGCGGCUAAGUAGCAGUGCAACUGUACGGUACAAAAUUUCUUAGAUAGGCCAAGCUGAAUACAUGCUUUCAAUGACCGCA